AUGCCCUUGCUGAAUAGCCCUGCCUUGCAAAAUGUACUAGAAAUGAAAGAGGUUGUUGAAAAACAGCAACAAAUCAAAGAUGUAGAAGUCAUUUAUUAUAAAAAUGUGUUUACUGAUAAGUUGGUUGUACCAAAUGAGCAAAAGGCAAGUUCUAUUCUACCUACAGAAGUUCCCCAAGGAAAACCAGGGAUGACCUCCACGCUUAAUUCUGCGUGGCAGACUGUUGCCCAAGUGAAGCAGGACAUUGAGAGCCAAUGGUACCCUAAGGAACUUGGCUGUGAUGCAGUGCAGAAUAGGCAACACGUCAGAUGUUCUGACAGUUCACACUUAAAGGUUGGUGAAUUGGAAGAAGGAUUGACAGUCAUUCAUGAUGAGGUGGCCCAAUCUGAAACUGAAACACCUAUAAAGGAGAGAACAGUAGAAAAUGCUGACACCCAGACUAAUGUUCCUACUUUAGAAGAAAAGUCAGUGGACGAGUUUACUGAAGAAGUGAAAGGGGUGAAUCACAAAUUGAAUGAAGACUUGAAUGUUUUGAAAAAGGAAAAUACAGAUAUGAAUGAACUGAGUCAGGGAGAGGUUCACACUCUGAAUGAGCAGUUAAGCUGCCUAAAUGAAAGAUGCACAGUUCUGGAACAAAAAAAGGAACAGCUUAGUUUGGAAGUUCAAAGAGUGCAGAAAGCAGCCAGUGACUUACAAUUUGAGAAAGAGAACUUGGUGACUGACAUCCAAUCCAGUGAAGCUCAACUUAAAGUGAGUACUUACAAGCAAAAAUGCCUUCAGGAGGAGCUGGAGGCAUUGCAGGAAUGGAAGCAGAAAGUUUUAGAAGAUGUUGCUACCUUAGAAACUCAGAAAGAAGGUAGCCAGGUGGAACUACAUUCCUUACGGGGCUCUGUGCGUGAAUUGCAAAACCACAUUGAGACACUGGAAGGAGAACGCAGGGCAUUGAAAGAUGCAGCUGAAAAUGCAAAGCAUUCACAAAGGCAGCUUCAGCAGGAAUUGGAGCAAGCCCACUCUGAAAAGUCUGUUCUGCAGAAUCAGGUGGAGCAUCUACAGAAUACAGCAGCUGAGCUGAAUAAAGAGAAAAUUUAUCUGCAGGGCAAGUUGAAGCAGUGGGAGAGUCCAUCUGCAGAUAAGGAGGUGCCCACGGAUUGUCUACAGCAGAGAGGCCUUCAUGAUGAUCUCCUUCCAACAAAUAACCAUCAGCAAGCCACUGCACAGAUCACAGCAAGAAAGAUGCGUGCUGACCUGGAGGCUUUGAAACAAGCUGUGCAGGAGAAAAGUAAAGAAGUUGAUCGGAAUCUUCUUGACUAUACAGAUUUACUGAAUCAACACCAAGAACUAGAGAUGACCAACAAUACGUGGUCCACAACUACCCAGUUGCCUAAUGAUCUGGCUGAACCUGAGAACCAAGAGAUGGAUGCAGAUUGUGAACCAGAGUCCCUGACUAAUGAUGGGGUGGCAGUCACUGGACAGCAGAUGGUUGAUCAUUUAGUUGAGAAAGUUGAACAGGACCAGACUGAAACCAGCCAGAGAUCAAAUUAUAGCAGUCAACUUCCAGAUGCCUCAGCAAGGUUGAACCCUGCAGAACUUGCAAUGAAAAUCAACCCAGCAGAACUCGCUGCAAGAAUACGGAGAAGCCGUCAAUUCCGGCAUCAUUUAUCCGUGGCAUUUGAUGAAACGGAAUAUGAGCCAUAUGGACUACCUGAUGUAGUGCAGAAAGGCUUUGCAGACAUUCCUUCUGGGUCUUUCUGCCCACACGUCCUACGGCGAGGAAUUCUAAAUUCCGCAUUUUGUCCUCAGCAACAGGAGGAAGGGCUCCCUGACUAACUUCAGGGAAUCAGACAAUGAUGGUAGCAAGUGAAUGGGAACAAAACAAUGGGCCGUACCUGGUGGAAUUGGAAAGCUUCCAUCCAAAGUAUGUUUCGUGAUACUCUUAGGAAUCUGUUUGAAGUUUCUUCUUUGGAUAAGAUCAAUAGAUUUGUAUCUUUCAAUAGAUGAUUUAUAAUGGAGGCUCGGGUUCCUGAGUCUCUUUCGGUCUAAAGCAUCAUAAUUGAACUUGCACAACUAUCGACUCGACAUGGGUUAAUGUUGGUUUUGUUCCUGAUGUUUAAGCUCCUUUGUGCAAUCUCAAUUAAUUUGAGAUUUUUUUGAUUUUUAUUAAAAUUGAUCUUUUAGCUGCAGCACUUUGUAUAGAGGUGCCUGUGCCUCUUGCAGUGAUUACAUCAGGUACAGUGCUGGACAUUGUGAUCCCGUCAAUUUUUGUCACGCUAUUAUGUGAAGCAUCAAGAAGAGGUAGGCUUUCUUCGCAUGUAAGGCAAAUUAAUCCUAAAAAUACCCAUUGCAUCCUCUGACAGAGUGGUAUAAGCAGACUUCCUCACCCUCUGGCUCUCCACAAUCCACCCCCAUCCUUGGGAAGUUGGUGGGGAGCCAUGGCAGAGAUGGAGUUGAAAUAGAGAAAAGACUUCACCCUUUAAAAAUAACAGUGCAUAUCUUUCUUUGUUGCCUCUGUGUUUUUCCCCUCACCCUGUUCUGUAUUGUUUUAAUUGUAAUUUAACUGGCUACAUAUAUGCUUGUGGCAGGUUCCAGUGCGGCCUAAAAGAGGGAAUUCGAUAAAAGUAUGAUGAGGAAAAUUUGGAAAGCUACAGGGAAUAGAAUUAGUGAGUUGGUCUGCUAGAGAACAAGCACAGACGUAAUGGGGCGAAUGGCCCGUGCUGUAACCGUUCUCUGAUUUUUGAAGCAUUUUACUGCUGUUUUAGCAAGUCUCACCAAUUCACAUUGGUUACAGGUAUUUAAAUCAGUUCAUUCUGUUGAUCUUGUCAAUAAUAAGGCCACAUUAUAUUUUGAGAUAUGGUUACAAUAGAGAAUAUUGAAUUUUAUUGCCUUUAUGGGGCUUCAUAUGUUUGUUUAACCAAUUUCCAGAAGUGUGUUUAUUAUUUAUAAAAUAGGUGUUGGGAUCUUGUUUAAAGAUUUUAUUUAUUGAUCACAUUUUCUUUGGAAUUUUGUCAAAUGUGAAACCACUUCUAUAUUUCUUAUUUGAUAGCCAUUGCAUACAGACUUGACAUGUUCAAAAUAUUUGUUGUAUGGGUGGAGUAAUGUAUUAUAUGCCAAAGCCAAUUUGUUCUCAAAUAUUAUUGCUUUCAUUAUAGUUCUAUUACCCUAUGCUGAAAAUGUACUAAAGGACACAUGCUGCUCUUGAUACUUCAGAUUUAUGGUAAACAGCCCCACAGAUGAAAUCUGCAAAUAAAUCAGAUACUCCUGUGUGAUGCAGUUGUCAUGUUACACCUCAUUCUCGAGAAAGAAACAAUUUGUUUUUUUUAAAAUGCUCCAAUUUAUUGUCAGUCUUUUUGCAGAGAGAGCUUAUUCAUUGCACACUAUAAUGUUCAUUGGUACUGAUUCUGAGUCAGUGUUUUGUUCCUUUGAUGUAAUUAAUUACCAGAAUUGCAACGUUCCCUGGUUGGAGAAGUCUGUGGGAUCUUGAGCAGACUUCACCCUAGUAAUUCCUGUCUGAGCUCAACAACCAGCAGGUGUCAUGAUUUACCACAACAUAAAGACACUCUUCCAUGAAAGCAAGCAAAUCAGCCUGGAGAUGUCUCAAGCACAGUGUAAUGACUUAAUAUAAACCUAGUUUAUGGUGACAACACGAUCAUAACAGCUACCCAUUACUGGGAUGGUAAUAGAUCCAGUUUUGUUAAAUUGUUAAAUUUGUUAAAUUGACACUGGGCUAUUGGAAAUGAUAUUUUUGUGAUGUCCGUUGCUGGUUAAGUGCAAAAGUGGAUUUAAUUAUUAUUCCAUUCAGAGUGUGGAUGAAUGAGGGUAUCAUAUCCUACAGAGCAGUAAAUCUUUGCCGCACUCUUGGUCCUCCAGUCCGAAAUACUGAGAGGUAAAUGCCCACUGUACUUUAAAAAUCCCAUCCACUCAGGCUGUGUGCUGCUAUGCCAAGCACCUGGAGCAAAUCCCUGCAACCUGAUGCACAUCCCUAUACCCCAUUGGCAUUGAUCACCACCAAAAGGUGAAGGCUGGUGUUGAGCAGGCCAGAGAUUGGUGUGGCUUCUUGGUGCUGAGAUAUGGGGCUCAGGCAUGCACCCUAAUCAGCAUGUAAGUUUGGGGUGUUGCUGGAGAUUGGAGUACCUGCUCUAUGUGUUGACGCACCACCCAGAUCCCACAGUUUCUCUCAUCACCUCCAGUUGUGACAGAAGCCACUGUCUCCACCUUACUUUAUUUGUACAGCUGUCCCCUAGCCUGGAGAUUUCUGGAUGGUAACAAGCUUACUGGGCAGCCUCUCUGCAUGGAGCAGUAGGGUGAAUCAUUGUUGGGUUUGUGCCAGGUUCCUGGUGCAGCAGUGCUAUCAAUAACACCCUCCAUAUAGGAUUCUAUAAUAAUCAUUUUAACACUAAUUCCAGUGGUGCUCUUGUUCUUGGGAUCAUAUGUAUGUAAUGCAAGGUAUCAAUGUACUGAUAAUUUACUUAAUUUUUCUUAAGAUUUGAAGGAACCAGCAAUAUAUUGAAUCUCAAGCUUGGCAGUCCUUUUGAUGGUAUCAGAAGUUGCUUCAUUGUAUGGUGUUGAUAGCUCCUGUGUAAGCGUACACCAUAUGUUGGUUGCUUGUGCGGUGAAGAGGUUGCACUUCAUAUGCCAUUUGUGAAAGGUAGCUAUAUCUGAAGUGUUGUUUGAACACAACUAAGCACAACUCAUGAUCUUCUGUCCAAUUUGAAGUUGGAUAAUUCCUGCUUCAAUUAAAUACUUGUUUAGGAUAUGGCAAGGCCAUCAAGCAUUCUUUCCAUCAAUUGUUGACUUUCUUGGGUUAUCCAUUGUUUUAAGGUAAUUCAACCACAGCCAAAUCAUUAUAUUAAUACAGGAUAGAGACAGGGCAUUUGGGCCAACAUUACUGUGGCGAUUUUAGUUCCAGAUAAGCCUCUUACCACCUUUCCAUCUCAAUCUAUCUUAAUCAAAGAAUCAUUACGAUGAGAGGAAUCCGGAAUGCAUCUUUCUGGAGGGAAAGAUGUAUUCCUUUCUUGCUUGCCAUCUUCGUUGGUAUUCAUUCUGCAGCUGAGGGGCGUUCCAACCAGCUGUCUCUGAAAAUUACUGAACAGUCAUUAUAUUUAUUGGAAUGCUCAUGAAUUGGGAGAACUAUUUCUUACACUAAGUUUCACUACCUCCUUUGUGAAGUGACAUGUGUUUGUGCAGCUUUUUUUUUUAAGUUAGGAGGUCCCUAGCUGCUUUACCAAUGACAAAUUGGUGCCAAAUGAAUGCCUGGAGUUCUAUGUUGGUUUUGAUGUUCUCAGGGCCAUAAUAUUUUUAAUAGUCUCUGUCGCUUUCACCACAAUUGCUAGUGGUACUGAUACAACAUUAGUGUCAUUGGCAUUGAACUCAUCCCAUUUUGCUUUUGCUGGCUGUGUGGGCCAAUGCCAGGGAUAACCAGUGAGAUCUGGCUGCUUUUAACUGGGGUUUUAUUGAAGUCUCUGAGGUACAAGUUCCGAAUUAAUGCUUCCUUUAAUCCUUAAUUUCAACACUUUUAAUCAGUUGCGUAAGCAGAUGUCCUACAUGUUCAAUUGUUGAAUGUAAUCUGCAACAAAAAAUUGACCAUGUGGGAGUGAUUCUAUUGGAUGUACCUCAGAGGGUCUUUGAAAAGUUUUCUUUGCUCUCAAUUGUUCAGACUAUUUCCUAUUAGCACCUUGUAUUAAACUCAUGGACUGCUGGCCCUU